AAAAAGCCCGUUAGCCUGUUGGGCUGUUGGUUGUCGGUUUGAUGUGAGGGUUUGUCUUCUGUGACGAUAUAUUUAUUGCUUCUGUGAUUGAAUGAAACAUUUAUUGAAUUUGAGCACUGCUUUUGGACCUGUUUCUUUUCAAUAUGUCCUCCAAAUCGAAAGAUAGCAACCAAAAUAUUCAAGUGUUUGUGAGAGUGAGACCCACCAAUGCCAAUGAGACAAAGUCCAGGUCCGUUGUAGAAGUUAAGUCUGAUACAGAAAUCUCAGUGAAAGAUAGCAAGCAAAGUAAUGCCUACAAAAAGUUUACUUUCAACAAUGUAUUUGGACCGAACUCAGCACAAAUUGAUGUCUAUCGGGCAGUGGUUGCACCACUUAUUGACGAAGUUCUCAGUGGUUACAACUGUACAGUGUUUGCUUAUGGACAAACCGGGACCGGAAAAACCUUUACCAUGGAGGGUGAGAGAUCUCCAAAUUCAAGCACUGUGUCUUGGGAAAAUGAUCCACUUGCUGGCAUUGUGCCUCGCACCUUAAGCCAGCUCUUUGAUGAACUGCGACUUCUGCAAGUGGAUUUCUGCGUGAAAGUUAGUUUUCUAGAGCUAUAUAAUGAAGAGCUUUUUGAUCUCUUGUCACCAGCGGAGGACACAACAAAAUUAAGGAUAUUUGAAGAUGGUAACAAAAAAGGUGCUGUCAUUGUACAUGGUUUAGAAGAAGUUUCUGUUCAGUCAAAGGCAGAUGUUUACCAAAUUCUUGAAAAGGGCUCUCUCAAAAGACAGACCGCUGCCACUUUAAUGAACGCUCAUUCGAGUCGUUCUCACACAGUUUUCUCUGUCACUGUACAUAUUAGAGAAUCAGCCAAUGACGGAGAGGAAUUCAUGCGCACAGGGAAAAUGAAUCUUGUUGACCUUGCUGGUUCUGAAAAUAUAGGCAGAUCAGGGGCCAUGGACAAACGUGCCAGGGAAGCAGGAAAUAUCAAUCAGUCACUUCUUACUUUAGGUCGUGUUAUUACUGCACUGGUUGAUCACUCUCCUCACAUACCAUACAGGGAGUCUAAGCUUACACGUAUUCUUCAAGAGUCACUUGGAGGUCGCACCAAAACUUCUAUUAUUGCAACAGUGUCUCCAUCUUCCUGCAAUCUUGAAGAAACCCUCAGCACCCUUGAUUACGCUCAUCGAGCUAAAAACAUUCAGAACAAACCAGAAAUUAAUCAAAGGCUAUGCAAGAAAACGAUGUUAAAGGAGUACUCUGAAGAAAUUGAAAGACUGCAACGUGAUUUGGAGGCAACACAGCAACGCACUGGGGUCUAUUUGGAUCAAGCCGAAUAUGAUAACAUGAUCCUCAUAGCAGAGCAACUCCAGACAGAAAUUAAAGCCAAGGAGCAAGAAAUGACAGUCAUAACUGAAGAAUAUGAAAAGAAAAAGUUGCUUUUAGAUGAGCUGGUAUCUGAAGUUGAAGCAGUGAAAGCGGAAGUUCAGGAGCGCUCUGUGGUUAGAGAUGAACAGAUAAAAGUCUUGUCAGAAUUAAGAACUGAAACUAAUGAUAUCGUAAGGGAUACCGCAGAGAAAGAUUAUCUCUUGAUGUGUCAUAUGGAAACUCUACAGCAUCUAACAGCUCAGGCCGACACCCUUCACAAGACAUCUCUUGACUACUCUCAUAAUGCUGCACUUUUGUUUGACAAAGUAGAUCGGACUCGUAUCGCAUCUCAGCGCAAUGAAUCUUCCAUUCAAGAAUUUAGCAGGAAAAACAAUGACUUAAUUGAUGAGAGCAAAUCUCUUCUUGAUUCUAAAGUCUCUUCUCUUGCUAAUGAAGUUACUAGUUUGUCAUCUACUUCAACAGAAAUAUUGAACGUUGUUAAAAAUCAUGCUAAUAAUACAAUUACUGCUCUUGGUAAAUGGGACAAUAUUUGUCAAGAAACUAUGUUACUGAGUUCUAAACUGAAUGAUGUGAUCAGCAAUGAUGUGCAGUUGUUGGAUGGUCUUGAACUCUCACAAAGUAACUUUUUGACUGUUAAAUCAGAAGUUAAUGAUGAGUUAAGGAAAAGUCUUGCUGAAGCCACUACCUUCAACAAUUGCAUCUAUGAUAAAUUACAACGCACAGCAGAUAGAACAAAAUUAAAAUUGUCAAUUGACUUAGAAAAUGUGAGAGAAGUUCUAUGUGAUUGGGAUGAUGAAAGCCAGACUCACUCUGAAAGUAUUCUGCUUCCAAUUUGUGAAAAUGUGGAUUCUUCAAAAGAGACAUUAGUGAAUACUGUACAAAAGGAAUUUUAUGAGUCUUAUUUGAAAAUUCAACAGGAAAAGGAGGAGAAAUUCAACAAACUCUCACAGAUACUCGGAGAAUUAGAAUCUUUGGAUGAAACUGAAGUAGCUCUAGUUGAAAAAAAUUCUAAUCUUGUUGAAAAUAAUGUUGCUACUUUGAAAACUAAAAUGAGCGAAGUACACACUCUGUGGAAAUCAGGCCUGGAAUUUGGAAAGGUGCAAAAGGAGGCUGCUCACUCAAAGCUGAUUGAAACAUUAGACAUAAUACCUGAACAUUUGACUGAAGAAGUAACUAUGAUUGAAUUGAGCCCUGAAUUUGUGAAGAUGGAUAUUGUGUCAGAACAAGUUAAAAGUCUGGAAACUUCAGCAGAGGAGUUCAAAAGAAAUGUUGAAGACCAUUUCCUCAAACACAUUCAAAGUUACAGUGAAUUUGAGUCAUCCAGCAAUAUCAUUACAAAGACUAUUGGAGACAUGGUUAUCUCAUCUGAACAAGAUAUUCAAAAUCACAUUUCCCAUCAAGUAUCUUCUCUUGAAAAUUUGAACAUGGGGGUUAAGAGCAGUACUGCAGACAUGCGUCGCAUGUUGUGUGAGCUUGAAACUGAACUUUCUGUGAAAGUGAAUGAAUAUGAAGAAGCUCUUGAGCAUGUUGAGAGAUUUGGAGCAAAGCCAGCUACCCCUACAGGUAAAACACCUUUACGCUCUGAAUUACGCAUACCUCGUAACCUGGCUGCAACAUCUCCUCAUGAAAAAAUUCUCUCACGUAUGAGAAGCAAGUAUCGUAUCCUGUCUAAGAUGAGUCCUGAAAAGUCAGACAGCAAUAUUUCAGACACUGAUACAGAUGUAAGCCUCAUUGAUGGUGAGGUCAUGGCCAACAAAGAGAACUCAACAGAAAUUGUAGAGAAGAAAUUCCGUUCCAAACUGCAUCCGCCGCGGAAGCCGCUCUCUGGUAAUAACUGAAGUUACCUGUGUGUAUUUUAUUAAUGGAUAAUCUUGUAAAUAUAUAUAUUUAAAAUUUUUAUUUUACUAAAAUCAACAUGUUAUGUAAUGUGGGCUAAUUUCUUUGUAAAUAUCUGUGUAAUAAAUUGGAUAAUUUUAUCUAA